ACAAAACGCGGUGGCAGUUGACAGAGGACACCAUAACAGUUUGUUUUCCUUAUGCUCGUCUGUUUUACAAUCACGGUUCAUGUUGGCUAACGUUUUGAAGUUACACAGCUAGUUUGACCUAAAACCAGGAGUAAUGUCUUCAAGGAAGUCAAGUUCAAACGGGGAUAGCUUGCCUCCCAUCACAUGUGGAGAGCGCACCCCUCUGAGAAGUCUGCAGAAUGAUAUCCUGCAUCUCUCAACUCCCUCCUCCAGGCUCAAAUCAAGAUCACUGCCUGAUGUUGACGCCAUGAAAAUGACAAAGCAGAGAGAUGUUCAUUUCUGUGGCCCAGACCCAAACCCUCAGUGCCCUCCAUCAGUCAAUGUGACAGAAGCCAGUCCUCCCAAAUUUCUAGACAAAAUGUCUACCAUUGAUGCAGCUGCUACUGAGGCAACUUUUGGAUUUGGAGACAUAACAUUUAAAUCCAUUGUCUGUGCCGGUGGGGAAGUUGAAAUAUCAGGCUCUUCGAUGUUGGCAGAACAUAGUAUUGUUUUAUGCCAGGAUCAGACUACAAAGAACACUUAUGAAACAGAAGAUAGUGUCAUCUCUGACAGCAUGAUUGUCCAGUCAUGUGAUGCUCACAUCGAACAUCCAUAUUAUAAUCCUGAAAGAGGUGCUUCCUCGGUUAACAUCGAUUCAGCAUGUCUUAGUGAGAUGUCAAACACGACACUGGCUUUGUGGAACUUACAUGAUACACAUAAUGUACAAGUUUCCACAGUUACUCAAAAUGACUUGUUUGGAGCAAAAGAUGUCACAUUUAAAUCCUUCAACUGUGAUGGAGGUGAGGUGGAAGUGUCAGAUACCACCAGACUACCAGAGGAGACUAUUCCUCUGCCUGAGGUGCAACUUGAAGAGUCUUUACAAUGCAACAGUGUGAAUUCAAGCAUUUUCUCUGAUGACUGUAGCCAACCAUGUCAAGUGGAACAUAUAGAUCACCCUUACUAUAGCGGUAAAAAUGAUGUGGCUCCCUCUGUCACCCACAUGAGCACCUUCUCUGAGACUCCAGAUGGUGUUGAAAAAACUGCUGAUCGACUGACUGAUAUAACUUUCAAAUCAUUUACCUGCACUGGGGGUGAGAUUGAAGUUUCAGAUGGCACCGAACUUGCAGAUGAGACUAUUCCUCUGCUGAUGUGCCAAUUUGCAAACAGCAGUGUGUCAGACAGUGACAGUAUAAACUUGAGCACUUCAGCUGUUGACUAUAACCUGCAAUACAACACUGACCAUUUAGAUCACCCCUACUGUCAUAUUGAAAACAGCAUAUCAUCUCAAAGUGGCAAACUGCCUGUCAUCCAGGAGCCAUUACCCUGCUGCCUUGAUGAGCUGAACGAGGCAGAACAAACUAGUCUGUUGGAAGCUGGUGGCCAGACUGGCAGAGAGGGAGAUGGCAUUUGUACAGGAGUUGAGGUCGGACAUUCAGAUGCCAUCAAACUGUCAGAGAAGACUUCUCCUUUGCCAAAGGACCAAACUGUGAUCUGCCAAUCCCUGUGCAACAACAGUACAUCCACUAGAAUCCUACAGGGUGACAUCCCAGAUCACUGUGAACAAUCCAGCUGCCAUUUGGAAAGAGAUGAAGUUUUGUUAGUCACUGACCCACCAGGUUUCAGUGCACCCCUGCUGGCUAGUACAGCUAUUAAGGCAAUGAAAGAUGUCAGUUUAAACUGUCAAGUCCAGGAAACCUCAACCUCAAAGGAUUCAUUACUUCCUGAAGACCUCUGUCUGCCUUCAGUGUGUCAGGGAGCCGAGUCUUCUGACUGCAGGCAGCUUAGAGCUUUUGAAGGGAAUGCCCUGCCUGUAGCAGAGCAGGUACAUCCACAGUGUGACUUUAAUGUGCCAUCCAGGAAUGACGCCCUAGAGUCCAAUGAGGCAAAACAUAGCGCAGUAGACUCAACUGGAAAUGCACCAGUUGUUUCCAGCUCUGCAGAAAAGCCACCUACAGAUAAUCCCUCUGAUGUUCUGAAAGAGCUUUCAGAAUUUCCUUCAGUAGCAAAGUCUAUGCAGCUUAAAAUCCUCAGUCCAUUUGUUAGAGGAAAUUCUCUGGCCAGAGUGCAGGCUUAUAGGGCAUUGGAUCAGUUUUUGGCUGAAGAUUCUGCUCUGGAAGAUGAAAAGAGCUUGCUGGCCCCUGCUAACCCGGACCCCACAGGGCUAUGGCCUGGUGUCUUGGAAAGUCCCAUGCCAUGUCCACUGUUCAACUCUACAACACUGGGUACAAGAGACUGUGACAGGCCCCAGCCAGCCCUAGUCACAGAGAAAGCUGAGGAUCUGGAUGUGAAGCCCUGCACGAUGCCUCUUUCUGAAGUGGAGAAAGCAGUUUUGGAUAGGCCUUUGAUUCCUGAGGGUCCCCUGCAGCAGCAGCUCCGACAAAUGGCAGAGUUCCUCAUUUUUGCAUCAGGAAGGAUGGAUACUGCUGCCGUUUCUGUUCCUGCUCCACCACCGCCUACCCACACAGUCAAAUCUGGGGAUCCUCUUCGAACAGAAUCUCACAGUGUGUGUGUGGGUACCUCUCCUGUGAAGCUGGUGGACCAUAGUCUCAAUACAUCCGGCCAGUUUGAGAGGAAGAGGGAGUUCUCUGUGGCAGACAACUGUACCAUCACCGACCCACUCCUAUGGAAUGUACCCCCAGGCAGCCUGGAGUGCCUUCCCCGACCAGAGCUGGAGCAGAGGCUGAGAUCCAGCAUGAUCAUGGUGGAGGCUCUGGUGCAGCAGUUGGCUGCAGCCAGGACACAUGGGGGACCCACUGCUGGCCCCGCGCCCUCAGACAUGAGGGAAAAGCUUGUGCAGACAGACCACACCGAACUUAACCAGACCACAAUGUACCGGGACCUGUAUAUGACAGCUUUGGGCAGAAUUCGUGAAUUAGAGGAGGAUGAAAGUUCUCUACAGAACCUCAUUCAGUGUAUGCAGGACACACGGAUCACCAUGGCUGCUUUGAGUUGUGAGACGGAUGUAGCUCUCUCCAGCUUGAAGCAGAUAGGGGACCUUGUCAAAGAGGACCACCAAAGUCUUGCUACUCAGUACGGUCACAUGAAGUCCCUUUAUGAGAGGUCAAAGGAAACACAGACAAGAAUGAUGCAAAAGGUCAAAGACACUCUUCAGCACAGAGAAGACAUGAGGCACCAAAUGCAAGAGGCCUUCACAGCCAAGGAAGCAGCCUUCAGUGUGAUGGAGCAGGUGAGGACACACUGUGCCAUGCAAAUCUCAGAGCUGGAGGAGAGUGUGGGGUCUCACCAAGAACUCAUGGCUGCCCUAACCAAGGCAUACCCAGAACAGGCUGCAUUAAACAAAGCCUAUGUGGAAACACUCAACACAGUUUCUGAUCUUUUGACCAAGGCCAUGACUGAUCAAACCAGUUUGACAGAAGAGCUCCACACAGUGUGGGGUCUUCUCCAGAGGACUGCUCCCGUGCUUCUGAAGCUGAAUGAGAAGGCAGCUGCUGCUCUGACAGAGCGGGACCAACAUGCCUCUGCAAGAGACCACGCUGUAGAGGAGAGGGAGCAGAUCAAAGAGGACCUGAAUGAAGCUAACUUGAGUCUCCAAGAUGCCAGAGAACAGAUAAGCGACUUGAAUCUACAGGUGACCAUCAUGACUUCAGAGAUGGGUGUACUGCGUCAGAAGUUGAGUGAAGGAGAGGAAGAGCGGGCUCAGCUGGAGAGGAAGGUGACAGAACUGUCUGCCACAGUCUCCUCCACCCUGGCCUCCUACACCUUCCUGGAGCAGGCCCUCGGUGCAGAGACCACAAAGUUGCAGCAGUCAUGGAAAGAUGUCCAGCAAGCUAAAGACAAGGCAGACGAGCUGGAGGUGUCACUGGACCAGUCGCAGCAGCGUGUAUGUGAGCUCAGCGAGGCUCUGGCCCACAGGGAAGAGCAGCUCAACCAGCUGCAGGCCCUCUCUCACACACAGAGCACCGAGAUCAAGCAGCUCCAGGAUGUUUGCACACAGCUCAACGGUGUGCAGGAAAUGAACGAGUUCUUGCAGAUGGAGAAUGAGCUUGCAAGGGAGCAGGUGGCCGAAAGCGAGAAAAUGCUCAGGGCCAACCUGCAGGGGCUCAGGGAGAGGAACAUCCAGUGUGAGGACCUAAAAGCAGCCCUCGGUCAACUUCAGCUGGAGAACAAAGCGUUGCAGGUAGAGCUGGAGUCAACAAGUUCCAGAGCCAGUGCCACCCAGCUGGAACUUGGAGAGAAGCUGGCUCAGGCAGUCACUGACGUCACCUUGCUGCACCACACACUGCGAGGACUAACCAAUGAGCUCCAUGCAACACUCAGUGACAAGAAAACAGAUCCGGCCAGGGAAAAAGAGUUGCAGUCAGUCAGCUCUGAAUGUCACCAUCCAUCCAGCUCCUUUGUAGACAGCAUUAUGGUUGCAUUAACUGCUGAGAGAGGGGAAGACAUGAAAACAGAGACACCUGCUGGAGAAGACACGCCUGAGCCCCAGUGUGAAGGUUUGUUCAGUGAGAUGAGUGCCUUCACCCGUAUUGCAGCCAUCACCCCUAAAAACGACUUGAAGGAAGUUGAGUCUGAGCCACAAAAGCAGCAGAACAAUGUGACGGAGCUGCUUGCUGACCUAGGCAAAACCGUAUCUGAGCUUGUCUCGACCCUCAAAUUGGUGCAACAACACAAGGAUGCUCAGCUUGAAGUGCUACACAACACCAUUUCCGGUCUGCAGGAGGAGCAGCAGGCUGCAGUUAGCAGACACAAGGCUGAGGUGUGGGAGCUUAAGGAUCAGCUCAGUCGUCUGAACAACCAGGUACAGAGGGGCAACGUGGCACUGCAGCAGAAAGCUCAGGACGAGAAAGCAGUGACAAAAUUGCUCACAGAAGUAAAUGAUGCCCGGGAGCUGCUAAAUAAACACAAGACUGAAAAUAAUGAAUUGUUCAAGGAGGUGUCUGAGCUUCGUCGUGCUCUCCAGCAGUCACAGGUGGAGGCUCAGGUCCUCAGGGAAGAGUUAAGGAAAGCUGGCAGCCAAUCAGCUACCCCAGCACAUUUCAUGGAUGAGAAGAUCUGCUUACUGAAGGAGGUGGAGAGACUUAAGGGGAGCCUUCAGGAGGUGGAGCAGGCCAGGGCCAAGCUCCUGGAAAGAGCAAAGAGACAUCAAAUGAUCCACCAAACCAACCAGCAGAAAAUGGAAAAUGAGCUCCGUAUACUGGACAACAUGAUUGAUACAGUCAGAAAGACUUUGCUGUCCGUGCCAGAGGUGGUGAAAAAUUGUGAACAGCUCAGACACCUUGUAGAAUACAUUGGUUGACAAGUUCUUUGUUUAUUUCCCUUCUUAGUUGUCUUUUGUAUAAUAAAAUUGCAUUUUAAAAAAUAAAUGAUUUUUAAAACAUG